UUGCGUCGACUCCGCGAAAAGCUGGGCCAUUUUCCGACCAUCUUCGGGUCCACCCAAAUGCUGGUGGAAAUUCUAAGUCAGUGGCAUUCGCGACUCUCUAGUAUCAAGGCCCCCAUGGACAUUUACUUGGGAAAAAGGGGAGGCAUUGUCGGGUCUUUCUGUGUGGCUUUUUUCGACUUUUCUCUGGUUCUGUGGUCAAUUUUAAUUUUAGCAACGUUUUAAUUUUACAGAAUACCACACAAAAAUACGUAAAAGAUGAUUUUGCUAUCGCAUUGAGUUCAAAUUGAGCUAGAAAAUAUCUUUAGUGCCUGGUGUUGAAGGGAAAAAGUGGGGAAUAGUGUAGUUUUGUUAAGUGCAAUAACUAACGCCUCUGAAGAUGAAUCUCUGAGUAAGAACCAGCAAUUUGGAAGGGAAUCACCCUGACAAUGCCAGUUUAUCUCCCAGAAAGUUAAAUACUCAUCCAAUUUGAAGCAUCUGUAAAACACAGAAAAAAAUUGAGGCUAAGAAAAGAGUCACGAUAGUGGAUAGGAGAGUGAUAUAGUGGCGUAAAAUUGCCGUGUGGUGCUUGUGAGGACGAAAAUAGCUCCGCGAGAUUUGCCGGAAUUUGAGACAUGGCACUUGUGAUGCUCCCCUGUGAAAUGCCCUGGUGGUCCAUGGUGCAUCGAAAGCUGGCCGAUAUUCAAAAAUGUUCCACGGUUGACCAUCUCGUUGAACAUAUGCAGAAAAUUCACGACACAUGCAAUGUCAGCCUCGAUCCGGAUGAAGAUAAGCGAGACUGUACGAUCUUUUUUGGGCUGCGCAUUUAUAUGAACAACCACUUGUCACCCAGUGAAAGGGAUCACCUGCUUCAGCAUACAAUCCCCAAUAUUGCAAGGAGAGCUCAGGAAUUGAGAAACCUAAGACCAUCAAGAGGGCUCAGUUUCAGCCUUCAGCAGCACUCAGAGAAUGUCCAGUUGGAUUAUAGUUUUGUGGCUUCCCUCCUGGCCAAUGCAUUCUUCUCGACAUUUCCCAAGCGUACCGCCAAAACUCAUCCAACACUACAAGACUUCAACUUCACCCAUUUCUUCGUUGAUUUGGCAACAAGUAAUAGCCAGAGGGCUAAAUUCAAGGCACUAACGUACUACUUUGACUGGCUGGAGAAGCCGGGGAAUACUCAGGGAUGCUUGAAAAUGUCCAGGCGAGUAAUGACGGGAAGACAAUGGCUCACAAUCGAAGACUGGAUGGAGUGUGGAGUACCUCUGUCAGGGAUUGAGAUUAAGCACGAGGCCAGGAUCGAGAGAUCACCUCCAGAUGUUAUUCAGACAGUUUUUGCAACCUCUAGAGUUGGAGGAUCCGUUCUCUGGAGCGGAAAUUCCCAGGAGAGUCUUCAAUUAUGUACAGUUCCUGAAGCCCUAGCAACGCUUUUGUACGUCGAAGCUCUUGAAGAUAAUGAAACCCUCUACGUUGAAGGUGGUCGUCAAGUGGCUAGGAUAAUGGAUGCUAGAGGUAGAGCGAUUGUGGAACUUCUGGAGUCACCGCGAGAAGUGUGCCUGAACCUCAUGGAUGCUGAGAUAUAUGAAAAAGCUAUUGGGGAAUCUCAGUUUGAAGAGGACAAUAUUCUGCGGGAAUUGAACAAGUGCCUUCUGGCAUUUCGGCAGCAUCUUACGUGUGCAGUUUUUGAACCGUCGAGAGAACGUCGAGAUGCUCGGCGCUUGUCGCCAAUUGGGGAAUCUGGUACCAAUAGCCCGGGAGAUGCUCCAACCAUGGCUACAAUUGUGAUAAAACAGGCGAGUUCUACAAAGUCCAGUGAAUCUUCCGUACGUCAGCAGGAUGCCAAUUUUCUGUCACCUUCUCCAUCAGCGGCACUUGUGGUCGGUCCCACAGCCUCUGGAAGAAGAGGGCGAUUUAUUGUUCUGGGUUCCUCGGGAGAAUGUCUUCCUGUGACACGCCGGUCGCUUUCCCAGUGUACUGGAAGCAGUUUGUACUCGAGCUGUGAGUCUUCCGAUGAUGAAUUUCAUAGUGCCCGGAAUAGUGUGUCUGGCAGUGAUGAUGAGGACGAUGAGGAAUUUGCUAGAAAGUACUCUCAAGAUCUGGAUACGCCAGAAAAGAGAUUUUCUUUUGCUCAGAAACUCAGGGAAGCCCUUCAGCAAUCUGAGAGCUAUACGGAGAGCACUGAAGACAGCUACGCUUGUGGGAUCAGCGUGGCAGACUCGAAAAAUUGUGAUAACGCCAUCCGAGUACGUCGGGCUGGCUCCGAUGGUUUUGUCCUCCAGGCUGACUCCCUGGAUGACACAUUCUACGGUGAAUGCCUUAAAUAUGGCGACAAGAUGAUCUGCUCUGAUGGACAAAAGGCACAGAAUGGUGCUCUGAAAUCCCGAGAUCGUCGGAAUUCCUCCAAGUACAGCUUCAGCACGGAACUGAGCUCUGAGCUUGAGGAGGUGUAUGAGCAAUUUUCCAAGUAUGGACUGUGGAUGGAGGAUCCAAUUGGUGAGAAAGAGCGUGAAUUGGAUCCUCGAGAUGCGGCUGUUCUUCGAUUUGCCAGCUCCUUGCUCAAGAGAACUCUCUCGGAGAGCUUUGUGGGUGUCCCUCUGACUGAAGGAUGCGUCAAUAGCGUGGGGAAUCCAGCUGAAGAAGCUUCAAUUCAGAGCUAUCAACAGAAGCAGGAGAAACCCAUCCUGAAUUCACGAUCACUUUCAGUAGAGCUAGCUAAACAUAAGCACAGACUUGCUGCGCAAUUGGUGAAAAAAUCCCUGCAGGGAAUUGGAUUGUUGUGCCGCGACCAGAGUAAAAAGCACAGAAAAUGGUCCAUUUCUCUGGUUCACACUUUACAAACGAUUAAUUGUGGUGACAUCGUUGUUAAACCACCCGUUGAGAUUGCCCAAAUUCUGCAUCGUCGCAAAGGAAAUUCGAAUUUAAAACCAGUUGCAACAGGAAACUGGGGCUGUGGUCGGAAGCAUCAAGGAGAUGUUCAGCUCAAGUUCGUUAUCCAGUGGAUGGCAGCGAGUGUAGCCGGUCUUCCAGUUUUAAUUUACCACACUGCAGCUAAUGAGAAGCUCGCAAAGUUGGACACUGUUUGUAGAAUUCUACUAGACCGACGAUGGUCUGUGGGUCGUUUGGCCAGACUGACUCUGAGGCACGCCAAGAGGAUGCUGGAUGAGCAAGAAGACGAAAGUACACAGGAAUUUUUGGAAAAACUCAUUGGUUUUCCUCCACCUCAAAGCAAUUAAUACAGAGUUGGUCAAUUUGAAUAAUUUUGUAUCACAUUGUUCUGCAAUGUUAUUUACAUCGAACUUUGCAUAAUUACAAAAGUCUUCCUGAAACUUUA